AUGUGGGAUCAACAUUUAUUUCAAAUUGUUAACAAAAAUCGAUGUUUGCUAGAUGUUUCACCAUCCACAUCAUUAAUUCAACGAAUUCGAAAUAUGUUUAUCCAGGUGCAGGAAACUCCUAAUCCAGCAACUCUUAAAUUUAUUCCGGGUAAAAUGAUUAUGGGAAAAGGUAAAGGAACGCUUGAUUUCGGUAACUUCAUGUCUGCAAAGAGAAGUCCGUUGGCCAUGGAACUGUUUCGAAUUAAUGGCAUAAAAAGCGUUUUCUUUGGUGAGGAUUAUGUUACCAUUACAAAACAAAGGGAGAUUGAUGAUUGGACACUCUUAAAACCUGAAAUUUUCGCAGUGCUUAUGGAUUAUCUGCAAUCCGAGAAACCAAUCAUAAAUGAAAGUGAAAUGCUGAAAGGUCCUGAGGAUACUGAAAUACAUCCGGAGGAUAGUGAUACAGUGGCAAUGAUCAAGGAAUUGCUGGAAUGCCGUAUAAAACCAAUGGUACAAGAAGAUGGCGGUGAUGUGAUAUACAAAGGUUUUCUCGAUGGUGUAGUGCAUCUUAAAAUGCAGGGGUCGUGUACGGGAUGUCCAAGUUCAUCGGUGACACUUCAGUCUGGUAUCAAAAACAUGCUACAGUUUUAUGUACCGGAAGUAAAAGAUGUUAUGGAAGUGAAAGAUGAGGCAGACGAUAUUUUGGACUCGGCUUUCGAUGAUUUAAUGGGCAAAAUUAAGGUAAGACCAAAUCCAAACGAGCAGAGUAAAGAGUGA